AUGCUUUCGGGUCCGGAAAACGUGGAGCCGCCGAUGCAGAUGGUCACCCAAGCCACGCCCACUUUUGACCGGCCCAGGAGGCGGGCCUACCGUCACUUGGUUUGUUUCCCGUAUCGGCUCCAACUUAUUGUUGCAUUUUUUUUGCUCAGAAUUCGAUUUCUAGGUUCUCUUCAAUCAAUUAACAUGAGCAACAAUGAGAAAUUCUGUUUUUUUUUCGAAUAAUAGAGUCUUCGGUAAUCGUGUAGUGUUGGUUUUUUUCAAAUUUUUUUUUGAUCUUCAAGUCAAGCUCGAUGAAUUAGUUAAGAUGAGCAAUAGUGAUAUUUUUCAGAAGUGAACGGAACUUUUAAUUUUUUUUUUCAACUGCUUUAACAUGAGCAAAAAUGAGAUUUUUUUCUGAGUUUGUUUUUGUUCCAGUUGAUACAAUAGGCGUUUUUCAUCAUUUUAUUAUAGAUUUUUUUCUUCACAUUUUAUAUUUUUUGUUUGGAAAUGAAUUUCGAAAAAAACUUUUCCUAACGUUGAAUAAUAGUUUGUUUACAAGAUCUCCCCUCAAAAACUACUUUCAGAAUCGCAAACUGCACUUUUCGAGCCAUGGAUCAGCUUCACAACGACUUCCAGCAUCAGGGGAACAAUUCCGGUUAGUUCUAGGUUUUUUGUAGACUUCAGUAAGUUCAUUUUGGUUAACAAUAAGUUCAACAAUAAGCUACACUGAAACUUGGAAAAUAACCUGACUAAGUGCUCCCUAAAUACUUAUCCUUAACUUCUGGAAAAAAAACUCGAAUUUAUCAUUUUUGAGGUCAUUUUUUCGGUCUAGAAAGGGGAUUUUUUGAGAACUAAAAAAGUCAGAUUGACCCUUAAUGUAUGAGGUUUGAAAUACUCUCUUUGUACAAGUUUUUUUUUGAAAAAAAGCUUUGAAACUAAUGAAAACUGGCCAUUUCGAGAUUUUGAGCUAUUUUUUGUCAACAUUUGGAAAAUUUGGUCGGUUGGGAAUUUUGCAAAUUUUUUAUUUGGUUCAUCAAGAAGUCUUCUGGUCAAGUUUGAGAUGAUCCCAGGAAAAAAAAAGAAAAAAGUAACUAAUAAGUAGGUGAAGUUUCUAUACCAGAUUGUUACCACAUAAAAAAUAUCGUUUUCUCAUCAAAUUCCAAUUUAUUUGGAAUCAGAACCCAUAUUGUCUUAUCAAGGCAUUCUCUGGCCAAUUUUGGGAAGAUUCCAGGAAAAAAAAAAGAAAAAGUUAAUUUUUAGGUAAAAGAUCCUCAAUGAGAUAGUUUCCUCUUAAGAAACACCUUUCUCCCCCACCAAAAUUCAAUUUAUUUGGAAUCACAACCCAUAUUGUCUUAUUAAGGCAUUCUCUGGCCAAUUUUGAGAAAAUUUCAAAAAGAAAAAGAAAAAAAGAAUAAUAAGUAGGUGAAGUUUCUGUAUGAGAUAGUUUCCACUUAAGAAACACCUUUUCCCCCACCAAAAAUCCAAUUUAUUUGGAAUCAGAACCCAAAUGUUUGUUUGGAUGGUACCAACUGGUAGUGGUGACAGGAAAACAACGAAUCGUGUGUGUGUGUGCGUAAAACAAACCAAUCGCGAACCCAUUUUUUUUUUACUUAUUCAUGCCCAUUUUAUGACAUUUCCCACGGCUCCCGCUAGGUUUUAUGACCAGAUUAGGAAGCCAAGUUUUCUAUUUUUUCGAAUUUGAGAAGCCAAACAUUGCUUUUCCGGAUGUGAAUCAAAAAAUAGGUUUUCUUGAUUUUUGAAAAUAAAUAGCCAAAUAGUUGCGGACAAGUUUGCUCCGUUGAGAAAAUGCUCUUUUUUGGAUUUAAUGGAACUUACUACAGAUUUUUUGAAAGCUUGAGACUGUAGAUCAGGAUCAUUUGAUGAUUACUGUAGAUUCUCUAGGCUUAGGAUGUUAAAAACAUUUUUGAUAUCUAAGGUUACUGUAGAAAAUAAAUAUGACCAGGUCACUGUAUGAUUUGGUAGUUUGAGUUUUUGUAGAAGUUAUAGCAGCCUUCCAGAAUGCUGUAGAUCAUUUAUAUCUAUGGGUUACUGUAUAGUUUUUCUUAUAGAUGAAGUUGAGAUCGGUUCUGAAGGUUACUGUAGACAACUAUGAAUAUUUUUACGUCUCCAGAGCAUUUUGAAUCGAAAAUUCAAGUGUUCUGAGGAUCCAAUGAGCUUUUCAGAUCAAAUUAUUAGUGGGAGAUUCAAAAGAUUGAUGGAUUUUCAGUUGAUCGUCCCUGAAGUGACCUUUUUAGUAACUGGUUAAGUGUUCAUUAAAGGGCUGAAGGCAAUACAAUAUGAACUAUUUCACUACCUUCAUUUUCCUGGUCUUGGAUUAAUUUCGCUUUUCCCAGUAUUUUUCAAUUUUCAAAUGCUUUUCGUGAAGCUCAAAGUUUAGAGAUACUAUCUGUGAAAUUCCAGGUUACUGUAGAUUUUUUUGUUCUGUGAUAUUUUUUGACUUCUGCUGAUACUAUGUGACAUCCUCUCCGAAAAAAGGCAACUGUCCAAUUUUUGAACUAUCUGGAAAUUUUCAUCCAUUGAUCGCUUUAUGGAUCCAAUUAAUGCUCCCUAAAUGGCUUGAGGCUUUUUCAAGUUUUUGAUUCAUUUUUUAGCCUCAAUUCUACAUUUUCACAUUUUCUUACACAACUUGUUUUCCAAAAAAAAGGACAGCUGUCCAACUUUUCCAUUGUAUCUCCCAUUCUAGUGAAUAAUAGAUACAAUACCGUUCUGGGGCACCUUUUCGCCCAUCUACAAUUUCUGCAUUUUUAGGCAAUUUUAAGGUUUAUUAUCAAUUCAAUUCAUUUUGUUGUUUCAGUCAUAGAUGUAAUCGACUAGGCGGUGAAAAAGAACUUUUGAAGCUAUAACAAACAACCGCCUUUGGCGGAAUAUCCCGAAGUGUAGUUGAUCAAGUUGAAACCAGGUCUUACGGUCCUUCGCCUCGUCCUUCUGCGCGUAGUCUUUUCAGUUGCAGUUGCACAUCCGAAAUUCCAGUAGAUCCUUUCCAAAAUUCCUGUACUUUUCCUACAGUAAGGAACCCCCCAAAAAACCUUGCUCUGGAUACCUUGACCGAAAAAAGUCCCACCAAAGUUUGCUGACAACGACCAGCCGGCCUGGCAGUGCCAGUCUUGGCGACUUUUUGGGCAAUGCCGCCCUCUUGACACAUCAUCUCAUGCCCGUUUUCUUGAGUCAACAGCCUCAUUCCGACGGUUAA